UAUAUAGGUGUUUUAAGGUAAGUCGUUAUGAUAUGCAUGAUUCGCAAAUUAAUGUUAAUAUCUUAAUUUAAUAAGCAACGAAAACAAAUGUGUAACUUAAUAUUGGUGGGGUGGGGUUCAAUAUUAUAUAACAUAUAUAAUAUUAGUAAAACAAAGUCAAUCACAUUAUCUAGGCUACAGUACUUGCCUCCACRUUUCGCUUUAGGUUUCUAUUUCUCCGGUGGGCGUCAGCAUCACUAGAAAAGGGAAAGCAAGGACUCUGGGCUUAGGAGUCAAGAUGAUACCCUUUGUGGCGUUGUGCAAAUAUUUUCCUGUCGCUAUAGUUGUGAUCAUAGUUUUCAGUGUCAAUGGAUACAUUGAGGAUCCUCUUUUCGACUGCCUGCAAGAUUCAGACUAUGCCGAACUCCUUGAAAUUGUGAACAGAGGUCUUCYCUUCACAAAGACACCUCAUCAUAUUGCCAUCAUCGGUGGUGGUAUUGCUGGACUGACUGCAGCAAAGUUUCUGGAGGACGCAGGGCACAAGGUGACUUUAAUAGAGGCAAGUGAUCGAAUUGGAGGACGGGUGGAGACCUACAGAAAUAGAAGAGAGGGAUGGUAUGCAGAGCUGGGUGCUAUGAGGAUCCCUAGCUUUCACAAAAUUCUUUUAUCAUUUUCAUCAAAAAUGGGCCUUGGACUGAAUCCAUUUAUCCAGGAUGACAUCAACACAUAUUACCAUGUGAACGGGUUGCUGCAGAAAACAUACAGSGUUAAAGAGAACCCAGACGUGCUGAACUAUCCCWUAACUUACAAGGAAAGGGGAAAAUCGGCUGGUCAGCUCUUUGACUUGGCCCUGUGGAAGAUAAGGGAUGAUAUGAAGACAGCUGGCUGCGAGACCAUGUUGAGAAAAUAUGACUCGUACUCAGUCAAGGAGUAUCUAGUGAAGGAGGGGAACCUGAGUCGUGGUGCCCUGCGCAUGAUUGGAGAUAUCCUGAAUGAGAACAGCCUCUUCUACGCAUCACUUACUGAGAUGCUGUAUAUUCAGUCRGAUAUYAAYGACAACACUGUCUAUUACGAGAUCACUGAUGGGUUUGACCAUUUACCAAGGGCAUUUUACCAGGCCCUCAACUGCACUAUCCUUCUCAACUCCAAGGUCCGACUCAUCAGUCAAAMCAGCAGCAAUGUGACCAUAUCCUACCAGGACUGGCGUGAUCCAUCCUCUCUGACCAACCUCACAGUAGACUAUGCCCUGGUGACAGCUACAGCAAAGGCCACUCUCUUCAUGGACUUCCAACCCCCGCUGUCACCCCAGAAGAUGGAGGCCCUGCGGUCCGUGCACUACGCCAGCUCCACCAAGGUGGUCCUCAGCUUCAGYGAGAGAUUCUGGGAAAAGGAGGGCAUCAAAGGGGGGAAGAGCAUCACGGAUCUCCCCUCUCGUUUCAUCUACUACCCUAGCCACAGCUUCCCAGGCACGGCUGGGGGGGCUCUCCUGGCAUCCUACACCUGUUCCGAUGACUCCACUCUGUUCCAGGGGGUGAGCGAGGAUGAGCUGAAGGCCUUGGUGCUGGAUGACCUGGUAAAGAUCCAUGGGGAGGCUAUACGUCCUCUCUGCACUGGAGGGUUGGUGAAGAAGUGGGGUCUGGAUCCCUUCAGCCUGGGGGCUUUUGCCAUUUACACACCUUACCAGCAGACGGACUACGCCUCGGACCUGUUCAGGAAUGAGAGCAGGGUCCACUUUGCUGGGGAGCACACGGCACUACCUCACGCUUGGAUUGAGACUGCCAUGAAAUCUGCACUAAGGGCAGCCAGGAACAUCAGUAACCUGGAAGGAUAGACAUCUGGGGCCUGGGCACAUCGGUUUUAUUUUGAAUAGCUUGAGAGGUUGAAUGUUGACAAACUAAAUGACGAAAUCCAAUGSCCAAACCAAAAACUAUUUAUUUUGAUAAAACAUUUUUAGUACUGUCUGAUGAUGCAUUCGGUAGUAUUCAUGUGUUCUGUUUACUGGCCUAUUUACAAGUCCUCUUCAGGGCAAAAUGUUCAUACUUUUUCCCMUUUCUAACCUGUUAUUUAUUUUUGUGUGUACUGUUUUAAAAUGGCCAUUUU